UUUCCGCAAUAUUUCCAUAUGUUUGUUACCGAGAUCGUCAAAUUUGCGAUAUGCUUCUUCUGGUGAAGUUUGUUGUGUGAUUAAUGCAUCCAGAAAAUCAUAUAAAUACUGAGAAACAAAUAUUAUUAUAAUUAUAAUAAAAAUUUUCAUAUUAUUCUUAAUUUUCGUAAAUUUGUAUUGAAUACAAGAAUAUACUAAUAACAUUUUCAUUUAUCAUUCUCUGCGUUCUAAAAUUCAUUUGCUUGCUACAGUCCUGCAUUUAGCAUUAUGAGUAUGAGUAAACCUAACCUUUACAUCAAGUUUGACUGAUAUUUAUCUGUUGUUGUUGCUUCUUGCCUAAAUACGUUUACAGAAAUGACUACGUGCAAAUUAAAUCAAAUAUUUAUUGGAGAAGUUGCAUCUGUACAAAAUUAUGGAGCUUUUAUCAGAAUUCCAGGUUGUUCCCUCCAGGGAUUGAUACACAAAUCACAGGUAAGCUCUGCUCAUGUCGAUAAUGUUGGUGAAGUUUUGCAAAAAGGGGAACGUAUAUGGUGUAAAGUUAUUUAUAUUGGAGAUGAUGGCAAAAUAGGACUAUCUAUGAAGUAUGUAAAUCAAGGAAAUGGUACAGAUUUAGAUCCAAAUGGAAUACAGCUACAGAGAGACGUGCAAAAGAAAAGACCUAUAGAAAAACAUGAUCGUAGAACUAUACACUUGGAAGCAAUCCUUAACACUACAUGUAUGAAAUGUGGAACUGCUGGUCAUUUAUCUAAAGACUGUUUUAUGAGUCCCGAUGGAAAAAGGUAUGAAUUGGUCCCAGAAAUUGAAGAAAAACAAGACAUUAUACAAAUACAAAGCGAUACAAGUAAAAAAGACACGGGGCAUAAGCAAAAGAAAUUAAAAAAGAAAAAGAAAGCAAGAAAAAUCAAACAAGAUGCACUUGAUAGUGAUUCUGAUGAAAAAGAUGUAAUUAAAAAGAAAAAGAAGAAAUAUUCUAAAGACCAGAUGAAGAAAAAGAAGAGACAUGAGAGUUCUUGUAGUGAUAAAAAUUCUAGCGAUAGUUUUUCUAGUCAUGAUGUGAAAGCUCAUAAACGAAAGCAUUCAGAAAGUUCAGGAAAACGUACUAAAAAGUUUUCAGGUGGAAAUGGAUUUUGUUGUAGUAAGAACUGAAGUUUCUCAAAUCCCUCACUUGGCUUUGUAUCCAUAUUUAUUAAAGCCUGAUUAUGCAAAGUGACAGCGUCAAGUUCUUCCUCAGAUCUAGGAGGCAUAUCUGUUAAUGCUUCUUUUGCUGAUUCAUCUAAAAGCAGUAAAUAAAGAGCGUGAAAUAUUAAAUACACUAUGGAAACUUAAACUUAAAAAA